CGGCUUUAUCCUUCGUACAUUGGGUCUUGUCGCAAGUGUAUGAGCACAAAUAUUCUCAACAUCGAGCAUGGGUGAGAAGCGCAAGUUCGGCUCUGCCUUUCAGGUCGGGCCUGCAAAUCUGCCCGAUGGCAUGCGCAAGCGCAAAGCGGACCGCAUAAAGAAGGCCCUAAUCGACCGCGCAAAGAUCAAACAAGAUUUUGCCAAAGUCAAGCGGCGGAAGUUGCAAGAGCAGCAGAAAAACGACACUGGACUGCCACAGCGUGAUAUCUAUGCGGACGCGCAAGCAGAAGGCGAGAAAGCCGAAGCCAGCACAGCGGCUGCUGCCCUGCACCCGGAUCGAGAGGCUCUCAUAAAUGGCUCAGUCGAAGAGCUAAGUACUCGGGAGCAUGCCGAAGGAGAAAGUGGCGUCGAAAAGAACAAGGCAAGACGGAAGCGAAAACUGGACCCUUUCGCGAAAGAAGCUUCGCUCGCGCAAAAGCAAAAGGAGGCAGCACAAAGAAGACGGGCCGAGCGGGAGGAGGCAGAGCGACAAAGACAGCAGAAGAUUAGGGAACGGGAAAGAUUGCAAAGGAUGAUCAAGAAAGCAAAGAGACCAACAGCGGACGGGAAGCGAAAACUUGGAAGGGAGAGCGGCUACCUGCUGGAGAAGGUGAAGCAAAUGAUGGAGACUUAGUGCACACAUAACAAGAUGUUCUUGGGUACGAAGCAGCUGCGGAUAUACGUGCUCAUGCAAAGAUACAGGACGCCUGCACCGAGCCCUUGACCAUCAGCCGGCCCGAGAAUAUACGAGUUGAAACGGAUAUGGGCGCGCACGCCAGACUUUCGGUCAACUGCUUGUGUCUCUGCAGUGCAUGUCUGGAUGUGUCUCGAAUCAAUUGCUGCAGACGCAAGCGGAGGAUUGGCAUUGCCCAUCCCAUAGCGAUUCAAGUCGCUGCUGAUGGAAUAUUUGGUCUGACUCAGGAGGCGAUCAAAAGCAUCAUGUGGCCAUACUCAUGUUUGACGGGUUGAAAGUCCGCAGAUGAGGCAAGCACAAUCCGAAGAACGCCCCGCCUAACAGUCAAAACACGAACGGAAGGAGCCAAUAACUAAAACAGAAGGAAGCACCCAGGGAGGCGCGUCCACAAAGACGACGGUUGGCAGAAGCGCGAACGUAAACUCUUACAAGAAACCAUCAUCUAAGGCUUAAACAGGGUGGUUUCGCACGCGCCGUUGAUGGGAGCAGUCAGCUUGUAAAUCUCCGUGUUUUUUUAUUAAAUUGCGCUGCUGGUUUAGAAUAAUAGCUAUGCGCUACCUUUUGCAAAUGGACUGUUCAAAUUCCUUCUCCACCCAACUUACCUCCUUCCAAUCCUCACCUCUACUCCA